UAGUUGCACUUUUGUCACUUGCUGCAGAAAAGCCAAGUGAGGCGACUCAGUGUCAGGGAGGGACCAUGUUCCCUGAUCCCCAGUGACAGGAGCCCAGAGCACCCCCGCCGAGAGAGCCCCACCCCACCCCGUCUCUGGGCUGCAGCAGGAAGAGCAGGACCCCCAGGCUGCAAGGACACCAUGGGCAGCAAGGAGCUGUUUCACUGGCAGAGCCACAAUGUCAAGCAGAGCGGCGUGGAUGACAUGGUCCUGCUCUCCAAAAUCUCCGAGGAUGCCAUUGUGGAAAAUCUUAAAAAGCGCUUCAUGGAUGAUUACAUCUUCACCUACAUUGGCUCGGUGCUCAUCUCCGUCAAUCCCUUCAAGCAGAUGCCUUACUUCACGGACCGGGAGGUUGAACUGUACCAAGGAGCGGCUCAGUAUGAAAAUCCACCCCACAUCUACGCUCUGACCGACAACAUGUACCGGAACAUGCUGAUCGACGGAGAGAACCAGUGCGUCAUUAUCAGUGGGGAAAGCGGGGCUGGAAAAACGGUGGCAGCCAAAUACAUUAUGGGCUACAUUUCCAAAGUGUCCGGCGGUGGAGAGAAAGUGCAGCACGUGAAAGACAUCAUCCUGCAAUCCAACCCUCUGCUGGAAGCCUUUGGGAACGCCAAAACCGUCCGGAACAACAACUCCAGCCGAUUUGGGAAAUACUUUGAAAUCCAGUUCAGCCGGGGCGGUGAGCCGGAUGGAGGGAAGAUCUCCAACUUCCUGCUGGAGAAAUCCAGGGUGGUGAACCAGAAUGAGAGCGAGAGGAACUUCCACAUCUACUACCAGCUCAUUGAAGGGGCCUCCCAGGAGCAGCAGCAGAACUUGGGGAUCAUGACCCCCGAUUAUUACUACUACCUGAACCAGUCCGAAACCUACAAGGUGGACGGCACCGAUGACCGGAGCGACUUCCACGAGACCAUGAACGCCAUGCAGGUGAUAGGCAUCGCCAGAGCGGACCAGCAGCUGGUGUUACAGAUCGUGGCUGGAAUUCUGCACCUGGGCAACAUUAACUUCCGAGAACAGGGCAACUAUGCCCAGGUGGAGAACCCUGACUUGCUGGCCUUCCCCGCCUACCUGCUGGGGAUUGAUAAGGACAGGCUCAAUGACAAGAUCACCAGCAGGAAGAUGGACAGCAAAUGGGGCGGCCGGUCGGAGUCGAUCAACGUGACCCUGAAUGUGGAGCAGGCGUCCUACACCCGCGACGCCCUGGCCAAGGGGCUCUACUUGCGGGUCUUUGACUUCCUCGUGGAGUCCAUUAACAGGGCCAUGCAGAAGCCCAAUGAGGAGUACAGUAUCGGGGUGCUGGAUAUCUACGGCUUUGAAAUAUUCCAGAAAAACGGCUUUGAACAAUUCUGCAUUAACUUUGUGAAUGAGAAGCUGCAGCAGAUCUUUAUCGAGCUGACCCUUAAAGCGGAGCAGUCAGGAGAAGCCUGUGACCCUGAUUUGUCAAGUUCAGUGGCACUAGGGCUUUUAAAACAAGCCCCCCCCCCCAGGUGGGUGGGGGGUCCCUGGUUGGACCCUGACAGCCUUUCUCCCCACUUGCUCAGACUACAGUUCCGAGUGAAGAAGGCAGGGUGGGGUGGAGGUGGCACGCGCAGCGUCACAUUCCUGAGGGGACAGGGCGACGUGGCCGUCUUCAAAGCAGGAGGCAAGACCCUGACGGUCAGCAUCGGGGACGGGCUCCCCAAGAACUCCAAGCCCACUAAGAAAGGGGUCCAGCAGAGCAAAGGCCACCGCAAGCAACCGGCGCCCUCCAGAGGUGCCCCACAAGCCCCAAGAGGGACCUGCAGGAACGGCGCUGCCCAGUUCCCCCGUAAUGACAACCGGCAGCGGGAGCAGAUGUACUCCAUGACCCAGAAACAGGCGCAGGGGCCUCCCGCCGCCAUGCUGCCCAAACAGGGCGUGAGCCGCAGGACCAAGGCGCGACCCCCCUCGGAGCAAAACUUGGAGUUCCUGAAUGUGCCCGACCAAGGGGUGGCAGGCAUGCAGAGGAAGAGAAGCGUCAACCAACGGCCCCCUCCGGCGGGACGCCCCAAGCCCCAGCCCAAGGUCACCGGCCCGUGCUGCCAAGCUCUCUAUCAGUACAUCGGGCAGGACGUGGAUGAGCUCAGCUUCAACGUCGGCGACGUCAUCGACAUCCUGCUGGAAGAUCCCUCCGGAUGGUGGAAAGGUCGGCUGCACGGCAAAGAAGGGCUCUUCCCUGGGAAUUACGUGAAGAAGAUCUGAGCGAGCCUCGGUCCGCCGGCUGCCCAGACGGGUGGAGCAGAGAGAGACAUGAAUGAAUUCAUCCAACCGCAUCUUCUGAUCAAGAGAAAACAGGCCCUGCCCGGUGAGCACCGGCUCCCCUUGCCGACUGGGAGGGACAGCUGCAGGCCAGAUGUGUAGCAGAUGGACAGCUCUUCAACAACCAAGCAUGAUGCAGAAACUAUGGCACAAGCGUCGUUGGGAUUCCCAGGCCCAGGCGUUGUCAAUUACGCUUGUAUUUAACGUCGGGUGGGGGCGGAGUUAACGCCAGAUGGCUGCUGGGCAGCUGUUUGUUGUGCCCUUCUGCUGAAGCUGCCAUUUUACCGCGGGCUUCGACUCCCUUUCCGGUUUCCUUUCCCUUGCUGCGUGGCUCUGCUGCUCUGCUGUUGUCCGUGACCUGGAGCAACAUUGCGUUGGCCGCGGAAGUCACCUGCACCCCGAUUUCUGUCGCGAGUUAAGAUUGUAAGCUCUUUGGAGCAGGCACCGGCUCUUUGUUACACAUUUGUACAGCUCCUAGCACAGCGGGACAGGACGAGUACAAGUAGUAAGUAAGAAUAAUGUUGUCCUCGCUUAUAGCAGUGGUGAUGUUGACCGUGGGACUCGGCACAUAGCACUCCUACGUUGUUGCUAUUGCACAUUGAAUCCUGACCCUGGAGCUGCGGGGAAAGCGGAGAUGGGGGAUCCAAAAUCCCCAGGAAUUUCAGCCACGGUUAAUCCCAGCCAUGGUUAACGACUGAUUUCCUCAGGCCCCCCCGCUGUGAUAUAGGAACUCUUGCCUCCAAGGUGGUGGUUCCCACCUUAGUACAAACCCUGGCACCAACACAAUGGGGAUGCUCUUCUGAGACUGCACAGUUACCUCAAAGAAGACGAUUCUGUAUCUAGAUUUUGCUGGAGGGUGUGGAGCAAGGAAACCAGCCGUUCCCGCAUGAUAACUCAGGUACAGUCUCCUUUCGAUACGUCUGAGCGGCGCAGCGCUAUGCUGAACCGCUCGGCCAAACCACGUGGGCCCCACAGGGGAUCUGGAUGCGUGUUCAGCAGGGAAUUCUAACAACGCUACCUCCAGAACAACACGGGUCUAGGCGAGAAAGUGACACCCCAGGGAACCCGGUGCCACAGAACGGUGUGUGUGUGUAUUGCUGUUAUCUGAGUACCCGGGGAAAAAGUCACGGGGAAUAUUUCACUGAAGUGCUGAGAGCCAAUUUUUCUUUGGGGAGGGGAGUUUAUUUUCAGGCAAGUCAGGUCGUACAGCCCUGGUUGACUGGGAUGCUCCAAAACACUGGCUCAACGGAUGUAGGGAUUUGUCAUGACUAAUAAAGAGCUUGGACUGCCCCAAAUUAGCAGAUCAAUAAAGGGAGAAUUUUGCUUUCUUUCGUA